ACUUUAAUUAGUCGGAACGGGAUGGUGGAGUUGAAAAUAAUAUGUGAAUGUAUGUAGAUAUUUGUAUAUAAGUUAACUGUGGUCAGCAAGACCAGAGUCGUUGACCAUAGUUACGUAAACAUUAUCGCGCCGAUCAAACUGCCGACCAAGCAAUGGGCCGGACGCUCGUGCACAGACGGCAAACACUGCAUAUUUGCGUGGACGCUGUGAGCCUUUGUUAGCCAUAAGAAUAUUCCAUUGUGUCAGUCUAAUUUGAAGUCUUGAAUAAAGAGCACAAGCUCUGACAAUAUUAAACUCCGGCUACCGCCGUUAAGAACUUAUUAUUUUCACACUGUCUGAGUCUCUAGGCCAGCAGGUAAAGAAGGGCAGUCACCCUUCCAACGUAAACUUCCUAAUCUUUAGUGGAUAGGAAUAGCCAGCCGGCUCAUCAAGAAUCCGGCUUAACCCGGAUAAUACCCCAACAUCCAGUACUUGCGAUCCCCCUGGAUCCAGCACCCGUGGCCCAUAGGAAUUGGGACCGCUGCCAGACUGUUGGCUUUUGGAUACUAGUGACUGCUGCGUGGAACCUGCCCGCCAGCUGACCCGCACUAAAUAAUUAAUUGGCGCUCAACUAGUGGUAUUUAUUUACCCUACCGGAACACACAACAAUUCACAUAAAAUAUUUGUUGGGCGGCGCGGCCCGCUCGAUCGACUGUACUGCGACAAUGCAACCAAUUUUGUUGGUUCCUCACGGCUGCUUCAGGAGAUGGCCUCCGAUGUCCGCAGCACACUGGGAACGUACGGCGUCCAUCACCAGGUUGAUUUCGUCUUCAUUCCGCCCCGGUCGCCUUAUUUCGGGGGCCUAUGGGAGACCGCCGUCAAGUCCGCCAAGGGCCGUCGGAAACGCCUUGCUGAAGGAGGUCGAAGUCCAGACGAUCCUGGUUGAAGUGGAAGCAGUGCUUAACUCGCGUCCGCUAGUAGCUGACAGCAGCAACCCUAACGAUGGAGAGGCUGUUACUCCAGCCCACUUUCUGGUAGGCACCACGCUCGCUGCUCUACCCCCAGGAUCGGCACCUCCUCAUCCGGACGACGACCUAACUCAUCUACAACGCUGGCAGCUUAUAUCAGCCAUCAAGCGACGGUUUUGGCGAGACUGGUCCCGUGACUACAUAGCGGAGCUGCAGCAAAGAGUUAAGUGGACAAAGGAAUCGGCCAACCUUCUACCAGGAACCAUCGUCGUCAUCAAAGAGGACAAUUUACCGCCCCAGAAGUGGCUGCUCGGCAGAGUCACCGAAGUAACGCACGGAUCGGAUGGCAAGGUGCGCGUUGCUCUAGUAAAAACCAAGCAAGGCGUAUACAAACGAUCAGUACAUCAUCUGGCACCUCUUCCCAUUAAUUGAAGGCCUACAGCGCUUCAACGCGGGCGAUGUUUGGUCAUCUCACUGUUUGUUUUGUUUUCUAUGGUCGUUGCGAUGCCGACUAUCGAAAGCUGCGAGCAGGGGCGUAGCACAGCUGAUAAUCGCUAAUAAAUUACCCCCUACAAGUCGGCAAGCAACGAACAUACAACAAAAUACUAGAUUAAAAAUAAUACUAGAUUACCAUAAAAUACUAACUCUAGAUACCAAUGUAAUAGGGAAGAUCUGAAACGGGGGAGUUGGUUACAUUGUUGAAUAGAAAAGCUCUUGAAAUAAACGCACAAUUUACAUAGAUGACGGCUAAGCAAUGUUUUAAAUAAACCAGUGGGUUCGCGAAGUUGCAUAUUUACUCCUGCUUCCUGAGCAAACAAUAUAAAUUUAUUUCAACAUAUUGUACCCUGAGAAAGAAGCAAUUUUAUCUAGUAAAUGGGACACAUUUAAGAAAAGGGUUUUUUGCUUUUACGAAGAGCAAAUACAAAACAAAGAGCGACUUGAACUAUUAAAGACAGUUCAGAAAACUGUAUCACUUGAUUACAAGGACUACAUUUACACAAUAUUGCUCACAUCUGUCAUCUUAAAUAAUUCGUGGACCGUCAUUAAAGGAACCAACAGGCGAUAGAAAUUUUUACUACUGGGACUCGCAGGAAAGUUUUGUACGCACAUGCAGGCGUACGAAUGUGGCAAAACACAAAAAUGUGUGAUUAUAAAAAACAUUGAACGCUUUACUAGCUGCUCUAUGCAUACAUCACUGUGGACGGCAGUACACGUAGUGGCAAAGCGCGCAAGAGUGCGUGCGAAGACAACUACUAUAUAUAGUAUGUAUCAUAUAAAUUCUAAGAGUUACGUUAAGUACAAAUGUAUUUAAAACAAAAGUAAUGAUGACGUGUUAGCAUGGUAAAAAAUAGAGUUUAAGCAGAACAAUUGUUUGGAUUAUAUGUUUACGUUUAUUUUCAAUAAAAACACAUACUUAUUUGGUUCUUUAUUAAAUAUAAA